CACAAAAUCGCGCGUAAUAACCAGUUCUAAAUAAGUAAAUAAUAUAUAUAAUAUAUUAGACCUGUAGAAUGCUGCGAGCUUCGACCAGUGGAGAGAGGACUCCGCUGGUGCAGCCCACGUACGCGUUUGAGUCCAGUUUGACGCGCAACUACCAGAAGCGGCUGCGCAGCUUCCAAUGCGUCAUUUGCGCUUCUUUAUUGAUAAUUCUUGCGGUGGCCUUGCUGGUGACUGUGUCUUUGAACCUGGAUGAUGAUGACGAGGGGACUAACAAUAGUACAGCUGUGACACCCAUCGUUAUUGUACCCGCUAACCUGACCGGGGUUUCUUCACAGUUGGCACCGCUGCUGCGACUCAAGUGGCCAUUGAGAGCUCGCUCCCCACCACAGUGGGCGGGUAAGAAUGAAACAAAAGACAUCGAGUUCGCAGUGACUAUUGGAAAGAAUGCAUUACUAAAUCGAACAACACUUGAGAGUACAAGGAAAGCUCUGGAUAUAAAUACACCAGCACUGAAGGCACAGAGAGCGUCAGCCACGUCUGCAGCUGUGAAACCGAUGGCGGAUGCUGCGUACGCUGUAGAAGAAGCCACCAAGGUUUUAAUCAAUGGUACCAUCUCACCUGGACGGCAAGGUGGCAGUGGUCAAGGACCGUCCACCAGCGGCUCCUUCCCGGAGCCACCCUACUGCCACCCACCGCCGCCCUGCCCACCAUCCAAGUACAGAAGCCAGGACGGCUCGUGCAACAACUUAAAACAUCCAUCGAGGUGGGGUGUAUCACAUACACCAUUUAGAAGGGUGCUGCCAGCUGAUUUUGGAGAUGGGAUCAGCUCCCCUCGCAGGAGUAAGUCGGGGGCUGAGCUGCCCAGCGCCCGCGACGUCAGUGUGACGGUCCACCGUCCGAGCUACGCUCAGGAUACUAGCUUCACAGUGAUGCUGGCCGUUUGGGGGCAGUUCAUUGAUCAUGACGUCACUGCCACGGCUCUGAGUAAAGGAGCGAACAGCAGUUCUUUGGCCUGUUGUGACACAAGCCAGGCACCGCAUCCAGAAUGCUUUCCUGUACCUCUGGACAAAGAAGACCCUUUCUACCAGCAUUAUAACCUCACCUGCAUGGAGUUUGUAAGGUCCGCACCGGCGCCUACAUGUCAUUUCGGUCCUCGCGAGCAAAUGAACCAAGCCACAGCUUUCCUCGACGGGUCCACUGUGUACGGUUUCACGGAGCAACGGGCGAAUCAGCUGCGUCUGGGAGUAGGCGGCCGGCUCCGGAUGUUGAGCGUGGGCAGCGUGGAGCUGCUGCCGCCGUCCACCGACCCUACCGACGGAUGCAACACGCUUGAGAUGAACGCAAAAGGACGCUACUGUUUUGAAACCGGUGAUGAUAGAGCCAACGAAAAUCUCCAUCUAACCACGAUGCACCUGAUCUGGGCGCGGCAGCACAACCGCCUGGCUGCCAUCUUGGGUAAACUCAACCCGAAUUGGGACGACGAAACCAUAUACCAGGAGGCAAGAAAGAUAGUCGGCGCCCAGAUGCAGCACAUCACGUACUCCGAAUUCUUACCUUCCAUACUAGGUGCCGACGUAAUGUGGGCCUUAAAUCUGACAUUAAGGAACGAGGGUCACGACGACUCGUACGAUCCCACAGUGGACUCGUCUGUUGCCAAUCACUUCGCAGCUGCCGCAUUCAGAUUUGCACACACUUUGCUUCCGGGUCUAAUACACAAUGUUGACCUCAACAACGGUACUAUCAGUUACGUGCAACUCCAUCGGAUGCUGUUCAACCCGUACGCACUGUACAGUAGCCGAGGGUCUAAAUACUCUGUAAGGUCUGCCAUCAACACACCAGUUCAUGGAGUCGAUCCUCAUGUCACCACUGAGCUAAGUAAUCACCUAUUCGAGAACCCAACGAGCAACUCCUCACAAUCAAGGAAACCACUGGGUCCGUGCGGUCUGGACCUGGUCUCGCUGAACAUCCAACGUGGCAGAGACCACGGUCUACCGUCUUACCCCGCGUGGCGAGAACACUGUGGUCUGUCGAGACCAACAACCUUCGCAGAGUUAGAGGGUGUUUUCAACGACGUGUCUUUGGGUAGAAUCGCUACUAUAUACAAUUCGGUGGACGACAUCGACCUGUACACGGGAGCACUGGCUGAGGACCCUCACGGUAGACUGCUGGCUCCCACCCUCACCUGCCUCAUCUCCGACCAGUUCCUCAGGUUGAAGAUCGGAGACCGCUUCUGGUAUGAGACAGUGGACGAGACCGUCGGCUUCUCUAUAGAUCAGCUGACAGAGAUACGUAAGACAACCCUAGCCGGCAUCAUCUGCGCCAACGAAGGUCUCCUGGAGCAGGCCCAGCCCAGGGUCAUGGAGGAGGUCGGCCCCAACAACCCUUUAGUUGACUGCACGGAACUUCCACAACCCUCAUUCAGUCCCUGGAGACAGGUUGAUAAAUAGGCAGUGUAAAUAUUUUGUUAGUUAUAAGAGUUUCUUUUUCAUUAA